GCUGGUCCUGACAUCACAGGCCACAAGCGUAGUGACAAUAAGAACGAGGGCCAGAAGGCCCUGCUCUACUGUAAGGCCACUGGCUACCCCUACCCUAUCUGGACCUGGCACAAACGGACAAUGGGUUCUACAUGGACAUUGAAAAUUCCUCCGGCCGUUUCUUCAUUAACAACAAAGACAACUACACUGAGCUGAGCAUCAUCAACCUGGACAUCGUCUCCGACCCGGGGGAGUAUCAGUGCAACGCCAGCAACGUGAUCGGCACGUCGUCCGUGGUGUCUGUGCUGCGGGUCCGGAGCUACCUGGCCUGGCUUUGGCCUCUGCUGGGCGUCCUGGCCGAGGUCAURAUCCUGGUCGUCAUCAUCGUGGUCUAUGAGAAACGCAAGAAGCCAGACGACAUACAAGACGAUGACGAACCAGCUGGACCAAUGAAAACUAACUCCACCAACAACCACAAAGACAAGAACCUUCGUCAGAGGAACACAAACUGAGCAGAUUGAUGUCUCAUUAUUAAUAAUAACACAUUAUACAUGUAUUGACCAUAUGAAGGUAACCAGGAGAGAGAUCCAUAGCAAUGUGUUAAUGAGGAGGAGGAAGAGGAGGAGGAGGAAGAGGAGGAGGAAGAGGAGCUACUGUAAAUGUCUGUAUUGUAUGAUGAGGCAUGCCUUCUGAUUUGAUUAUCUGUCUAUCGUGUGAUGGGGGUGAAGAAGGUGAUCAAUGAAUGUGAUCCCCAUAACAUUAUGAAUGGUUUACGAAGUGUCUACGAAGCAUUAUAACCAUUGUGGCUGCAUGCAGUUAUUGAUUGUUGCUGUUUAUUUAUUUAUUAUUUAUUCUUAUCAGAUUCUUAUCAUUUUCUAUUUUUUACUAAUUCUGAAGUAACGCAUGCAAGGUAUUCUAACCUUCUGUUUGGUGUAGACAUGACAUGACAUGACAUUACUUUUUGCUCUCCAUCUCAAAGGGCACCCUAGUCCAUAUACAGUGCACUACUUUUUGACCAGGGGCCUGAGUCUCAAAUCCAAAAUAGCACCCUAGUCCCUAUAUAGUGAUCUACUCUUGACCAGGGCCCACAGGGUAGUGCACUGUAUAGGGCAGGAGUAUUCUGACCCUACUGUAUAGGGCAGGGGUAUUCUGACCCUACUGUAUAGGGCAGAGGUAUUCUGACCCUACUGUAUAGGGCAGAGGUAUUCUGACCCUACUGUAUAGGGCAGAGGUAUUCUGACCUUACGAGGUCCGGAGCACUGCUUGUUUUCUGUUCUACAUGAUAAUUAUUUACACCCACCUGGUGUCCCAGGUCUAAAUUAGUCCAUGAUUACAGGGGAAUAAUGGGAUAAUUUUUUUUAUGAAUUUGAAGGAUAGACUUUUAGAAUAAAAGGUGCUAUCUAGAACCUAAAAAGGGUUAUUUGGCU